AUGGUGGAGGCAGGGGGCGGCGGCGGCGGCGGCGGGAGACCCGGGGCGGGCCCGGGGCGGGGAGGGGCGAGGGAGGCGGGCCCCGGACCGGGGAACCCCCUACCUGGCCAGCCGGCUUGGCGCAGGGGCGGUGCUGAGUCGGCGGAGAGCCCGAGCGGGAAUGCGGCAGGUCGCCUUUGCGGUACCCGGGCGCGAGCCGCGGCCGCCACAGCAUCCGAGGGGCGCCGGGGCCACCGCGCCGCCCUCGCACCUCGUCCUGCUUUCCUUCAGUUGGCCACUCGCCUAACUGGGCAGCGACGGCGGAAAUGUCCGUUCCCGACCCCCAUUCUCGCCCGUGGCCGGCAACCUGGAGACGCCGCUCUCGCUCUCGGGUGCGGGCAAUUCCGGAGGCUGCGGGGCGGAAAAGCGAAAUGCCACCCUCUCCCGAGCUCUGAAGCGAAUGACGAUGCGGAGCGCUCUCGCCCCCUCCCAACACCGUGGGAGCCCUUGAUUCGAUCCCGAAGGAGGAGAGCGAGCAAGGGCCUGGAUCUCCGUGCCUCGCAGGUCCCCUCGGCUUCCCGCACCCCGCGCGGACCUCGAAAAGCCGACCGCCAGUUCUCCUUCCCUGUGGUCCACAGCCCCGCACACGCACGGUCCUCUGCCGCGACCUUUCCGGGAAUUUCACAUCGGAAAUGGUCAGGUCCGACGCAAUGCAGGCGGUGGUGUUCCUGGCACAACUACUCUGAUGGGCUGCCGUUUGUGCAGUCCCACAAUAAUCCGCUUCUCUGCGCGCUGUCCGGCCGCUCCCGCAGGGGGCUCUGCAGGGCAGACCCAGCUUGUCCCCGCCGGCCUCGGAGAGAUGCGGACUUCGGGUUGGGCUCUGCAGUUGAGGAUCACCCGGGUCUGUCCUCCGUCGCGCUACUGCGAGGCAGUGGUGCUGAGAGUGUGUCCCUCUUUGACCUACGACGGGAGUUGAAGUUUCCUUGCGAUCAGACUAUUUUGAAAUACCGAGAAUGUGACUUGUGGGAAACCAAAGGCUUCGUGGGUUUAUGCGCUUGUCUGCCAACUUGGUGCUAAUUGGAACGAAUCUGAGAAGCAAGUCGCCUGCCCACCUCCCACCCACGUCCCUCUUCCCGAAGCCUCUUUUUCCGGCCUAGGGCCUUCCCAAGGCCCCUUGCAAGGCUGGCAGCUUCUCGGGGACAGGGUCCGCACAGAGGCGCAGGGCAGCAGGAGCCGGGGGCGUGCGCGGUGCCCUCGGAGUGCGGCUCCGGCUGCGCCCCUAGAGGCGCUGCGCCUUGGCGCCUGCAGCGCGAGAGAAGGCAGCCAGCAGCUCCGGUACUUCAACUGCGGCCGAGUCUCCAAGGAGGCUGCAGGAGCCCGGAGUCGCCGCCCAUUGGCUCCCCGGCUGCCUUGGGACCACCCCUUAGCACCACCGCGACCGCGAAGCCUCCCGCCGACACCACCCACCUCUUUAAUCAAACCGAAAGAUUGCAUCCUCCCCACUCUGUUGUGGCUAGUGAGAAGCAGGGGCCUCGGCGCGCCCUGCACCCAGGCAGUGCAGCAAUCCUGGGUACCGAACUAGUUAAGUCCCUCCUCCAGAUACCGACUCCAGCAUUCCUUUCAGAAAAAAUAGGUAUUUGUUCCCUCCACUCCUCCGGAGCCAUAGCCCAGCUUUUCUUUUACAAACAAAGAGUUCUCUUAAACUCCGCCUUCCCAUAUUAAGCGCUGCCCUUUCCCCACCUUCCAAACACAUAUUCCUGUAUCCCACUGACUCCGCGGUUCCUUUCCUUUCCACCCUACUGCUUUAUUGGAAAGAAAGAAAACAAAAACCCACGAAGCUCUGCAUUGCAAUGCUGUCAAGUCCCUUGUUUUCUUUGCUACUGCUGCCGGAGGCUGCUGCAGCCCUGAGAACACCCUACUACUAGAUCUGAUACACGUUUUCAGACCCUGUCCUAGCGAUACGGGGCUUCCUACGCUGCUCCUGUACCUCCCUCUGCCUGUAGCCCCCCUCCUCCUUUUAAAGGUUUCUAAGACUGUCAUCUCCCCAGCCUCAUGUGGAUGCACUUGCCCUGAUUCAGCAUUGGGAGGUUGCCUUAGUAGAAGAGAUUUACAGACUGGAUGAGAUCCCAGGUUCCUAAACCCAGGGGGUUAUUAGGGGGCACAAUAAGAUCAACAGGUUUUCAACAUCCCUGAAAGAUGUUUUUAGAGCCGGACUGGACCUCCAUGGAAUUGGAAGAAAUUUGCUGAGCUAGGAGCUCAUCAUUCUUGAUGCAAGCCCACCAUUGUUAAGAGUCUGAAGGUGUUUAUUUAUUCAACAAUCUGCUUAGCUCCAGCUAGGUGUCAGCCUAAUUCUAGCACUGGAGACAUAGUAAUAACUAAGACAUGAGGUCCCAGACCCCUUGGAGCUCACAUUCUUGUGGGAGAGACAAUUAACAAAUAAACCAUUGUAUAUAUGUACCACAUCUUCUUUAUCCAUUCCUCUGUCGAUGGACACUUAGGUUAUUUCCAUGUCUUGGCUAUUGUGAAUAGUGCUGCUAUGAACAUAGGGUCAUAGGGUGCAUAUAUCUUUUCGAAUGAAGUUUUAUCUGGAUAUAUGCCAUGGAAUACUACUCAGCCAUAAAAGAGAAAUGAAAUAAUGCCAUUUGCAGCAACAUGGAUGGACCUAGAGAUUAUCAUACUAAGUGAAGUAAGUCAGAAAGAGAAGGACAAAUAUCAUAUGAUACCACUUGUAGGUGGAAUCUAAAGUAUUACACAAAAGAACUUAUCUACAAAACAGAAACAGACUCACAGACAUAGAGAACAGACUUGU